CGUCGUUGUCGUCAGUUGCUUGGCUGUCAGUCAGACGGCUGAUUCAAGUUUUGCUAGUUUUCGAGUUCCGUUUCAUAUUGUUGCACCGUGGCGGUUAUUAUUGUGUGAUUUCAUAUUCAAACAAACGUUGUGUACGAUUGAGAAUGAAUAAAUCUCACUUUUAAAUUCGGUUGUAGUGUUCUGUGUUUGUUAGGUUCCUUCGAAUGAAAACUAGAGCAAUGUGUGAAAUUGUAAACAGAUGACUUCAAUCAAACCAUAUGUUUCGAUACCUGCAGUUGUUUGGGCCCAAUCUUAUCGAGAGUGCCGGAACGGCCGGUGAAGCGCCCUGAAUAGUGGAUUUUAAUGAGCAGAAAGAUAACACCGACCCCAUUUCAAAUGAAUAAAAAUGUCAACAGAAGGAAGCGGAGAGACUCCAUCGAGCGGUCCGAGCCUGCCUGGAGCGCCGGAGCAAACGUACCUAUUCCCAAAGGCGAAAGGGCAUUCGAGGUCCAUCAGCCAUGGAGGAACGCCGAUGCUGGCGGGCGCACCAGCGCCGCGGCCGCUCAAAUCGGCCCUGCGUGGCCACCAGCGCGCCUUCUCGCAAGGCCAAAUCGGCGACGGCCGUGCUGGAUCGGGUGCGCAGGGCCACAGUCGCACUGGGUCGCGCACAGACUUUAUCCUGCCGCCUGGGCACCGCGCGGAUGCGCCAGCGGCGCCACGCACUGGCUCCGUGCGCGCGCACUCGCGGCAGGCCUCGCGCUCCGACUCCAUCUACACCCUGCGCCGUACGUCGGUGGUGAGCCCGUGGCGCCGCACAUUGUUCUGGCUGAUGCGCCGGCAGGCUCCUCAGGUCGACGCGCGUCACAUCGCAGUCGUUCCCAACCACCUUGUGCCUGAAAAAACCCCCCCAAAAGAGCACCCAAAUGGCCAGCGCUGCAACAACAAAAUCAGGACUACUAAAUACACUCUGUUGUCAUUCCUUCCUAAAAAUUUGUUUGAACAGUUUCAUAGAGUUGCCAAUGUGUACUUUAUAUUCAUAGUGUUGUUGAACUGGGUGCCAGCCCUGAAUGCUUUUGGCAAGGAGAUUGCCAUGUGCCCUGUUGUGUUUGUGCUAACCGUGACUGCCAUCAAGGACUUAUUUGAAGAUCGACGGAGACACCUCUCUGAUAAAAGAAUCAACAAUUCAUACUGCAGAGUUUAUAAAGUGAACGUGGACCGAUACGUGCGAGUGAAAUGGCGCGACGUGCGCGUGGGCGACCUGGUGCACUUGUCCAACAACGAAGCGGUGCCCGCGGACAUGGUGCUCCUCCACACCUCCAACCCUCUGGGGAUCUGCUACCUCGACACCUGCAACCUCGACGGCGAGACCAACCUCAAGCAGAGGAUGCUGCCGCCCGGUUUUUUAGAAAUGCAUUUAACUUUUCGUCCAUCGAAGUUCAAAAGCACAGUGGAAGUGGAACGGCCGUCAACCAAGAUCAACCGAUUCACGGGUACCAUCUCGCACCCGAACAAGGAGCGCGUGCAGCUCAACUCCGACCACCUGCUGCUCCGUGAGUGCACGCUCAAGAACACCGACUUCGUGGAGGGCAUCGUCGUGUACGCCGGCCACGAGACCAAGGCCAUGCUCAACAACGGCGGCCCCCGCUACAAGUGCUCCAAGCUUGAAAAGAAAAUGAACACCGACGUUAUCUGGUGCAUCUUGGUCCUACUAUUCCUUUGCUGUACAGGCGCCGUCGGCUGCAAGAUUUUUCUCGACAAAUAUUACAGCCUUCCUAACUUUCCUUAUUUCAUAAUUACCACAAACUCCCCCGCCUACGAAGGACUGAUAAUAUUUUGGACGUACAUUAUUGUCUUACAAGUUAUGAUACCGGUGUCGCUAUACGUGACGAUAGAGAUGACGAAGCUGUUGCAAGUUUACCACAUACACCAGGACGUUGAAAUGUACGAUCCGAUGACGAAUACUCGUGUACAGUGUAGAGCGUUAAACAUCACUGAAGAAUUAGGGCAAAUCAACUAUCUCUUCAGUGACAAGACGGGUACGCUAACCGAGAAUAAGAUGUUGUUUCGGCGGUGUGCGGUGGCGGGAGUGGACUACGACCACCCGCCGGGGCCGCCGGCGGAGCCGUCGCUCGACCUGCCGCCCAUCGUCACCCCCGUCACCCACAUCUCGCCCAAUUCCAGGAUGCUGCAACAUUUGCUUGACAACAAUGGAAAUGAACACACCCAAAAGGUACGCGAGUUCAUGCUGAUCCUGGCGGUGUGCAACACGGUGGUGGUAUCGCAGCCGCACGUGGACGCCAUGCACAUGAGCGGCUCCAGCCCCGGCGACCUGGAGCCCGCGCGCUCCAACGGCACCGCUCGCUCCACCGACAAGUACGCGCGGUUGACAGAGUCGCGGUCUACCACGCCGUCGCCGCCACCGUCCACAACGUCACCGCUGCGCUUCAAGCUGGCGCGCCUGCCCUUCGUGCGCGGCGAGGACAGCGCCAGCGAGCCCAGCACUAGUGCCGACCAACAGACGGUGCGUUUCGAGGCGGAGAGUCCCGACGAGCUGGCGCUGGCGGAGGCGGCGCUGGCCUACGGGUACGAACUGCGCUCGCGCGCGCCCAACGAGGUGGAGGUCGGCGUGCGCGGCGAGCUGGCGCGCCUGCGCGUGCUGCGCGUGCAGCAGUUCGACGCCGCGCGCAAGUGCAUGAGCGUGGCGCUGCGCGACCCGCAGGGGCAGGUGGUGUUGUACGUGAAGGGCGCGGACAGCACGGUGCUGAGCGCGCUGACGCCGGCGCGGGCGGGCUCGGCGGAGGCGGCCGCGCUGGAGCGCACGCGCGCGCUGCUCACCGAGUACUCGCGCGCGGGGCUGCGCACGCUGGUGAUGGCCAAGCGCGUCAUGAACUCCGCGCAGUGGGAGGAGUGGCUCGCCUCGCACCAGCGCGCCUCCGAGAUGGGAGAGGGUCGCGAGAAGCGCAUUCGCGAAUCGCUCGCUCGCCUCGAAAGCGCUUUAACGCUGAUCGGAGCCACGGGCGUCGAAGACCGUCUCCAGGAAGAUGUGCCCCGCACCGUGCGGGCCUUGUUGGACGCCGGGAUCAUCGUGUGGGUGCUGACGGGGGACAAGCCUGAGACCGCCAUCAACAUUGCCUACUCGGCGGCGCUGUUCUCACAGAGAGACAGGCUGCUCCAUCUUAUGUCGAGAGACAAGGACCAAGCAGAGUCUACGAUCAAGGCGUACUUAAGCGCCCCACUGGGGCCGGGCGGGCGCGCGCUGGUGGUGGACGGGCGCACUCUGACGUACAUCCUGGACCGGCGCUCGGGGCUGGUGGCGCCGUUCCUCACGCUCGCGCGCCGCUGCUCCGCCGUGCUGUGCUGCCGCGCCACGCCGCUGCAGAAGGCGUACAUCGUGAAGGCGGUGAAGGAGGAGCUGGGAGUGACGACGCUCGCGAUCGGGGAUGGAGCCAACGAUGUAUCCAUGAUACAGACCGCGGACGUCGGUGUUGGGCUGUCCGGGCAAGAGGGCAGGCAAGCAGUGAUGGCGUCCGACUUUGCGCUGUCGCGGUUCAAGUUCGUCGAGCGGCUGCUGCUGGUGCACGGCCACUGGUGCUACGACCGCCUCGCCAGGAUGAUACUCUACUUCUUCCUCAAGAACGCUACGUUCGUGUUCCUCGUGUUCUGGUACCAGCUGUACUGCGGGUUCUCGUCGGCGGUGAUGAUGGACCAGCUACACAUGAUGACCUACAACCUCGUGUUCACCGCCUUCCCGCCGCUCGUCAUCGGUGCGUACGACCGCGUGGCGCCGGCCGCGCUGCUGUCGGAGCGGCCCGGGCUGUACAGCGCGGCGCGGCGCGGGCUGGCCUACCAGGCGCACUCCUACUGGCUGGUGCUGGCCGAGUCGCUCUACAUCAGCGUCGUCAUCUUCUUCGCCGCCGUCGGCGCCUACUGGGACUCCACCGUGGACCUGUGGGCCUUCGGCAUCUGCAACAUGACCGGCUGUCUGGUCAUCAUGCUGGCGUACGUCGCCAUCGAGACUAGGAGCUGGACUGUGAUCCACGCGAUCGCGCUGCUGGGCUCGCUGGGCGCGUUCUUCGUGGGCACGCUGAUCUACCACUCCAUCCCCUUCACCAUCCUGGGGAUGCCCAUGGCCUACCACGUCAUCCACCACGCCAUCGCCGACCCAGUCUACUGGCUGGUGGUGGUCGUGGCCACCGUCGCUUCGCUCGCGCCGAGAAUGGCGUACCACGCGGUGCGCAACUCGUGGCGGCCCAACGUGCUGGGGCGCGCGGUGCUGGCGCGCCGCCGCGGCCGCGCGCGGCUGCCCUACGCCGCGCACUACCACUGCGACACCGCGAGCGCCGAGGCGCACGUCUACAGGUCGACGGACGAGGAGGGUCUGCAGAAGACCGCCGCGGACGUGGCGGCCAUCACGUGACCGCGCGCGCCACCUCCGAACCUAGGCUGUGAUCUGUCUUAACGUUUAAGUAGAUGUAGAUCGUCCGCGCCCAAACGGCACGGCUAAAGAAACGUUGCAUCCUCUGACUGACGCUCUUGCUCAUUACCUUCGAGAAACAGAAUCUCCUUUCUUGUAUACUAAACUGAAUGAACCACAUUUGGAAUUCGUUUUGAGGUAAUAAAAUAAUAAUCGGAAUCCUAUAGUCUGUAUCUUUAGGUAUUUAAAUAAAAGUAAACAAACAAUUUGUACAUUUUCGGGUAGUUAUAACAUUUAUUGGGUAACCAACCAAAUAUAAAACCGCCUGGAUCAGUGACUGAACGAUCUGACUUUAACCUACAUUAUUUGAUCAUGUAAUGUUUUCAUCUACCCCCAACUGGCUUUAGGAGCCAUUUGAGGUUAGAUUUUGUUUACUUUUAUUUAAAUGCCUAAAGAUACAGAGUAUAAUUAGAUCUAUUCCCGAUAAAUAGGAAUACCUA